AUGUCUGGGCGUGGGAAGCAAGGAGGAAAAGCUCGCGCUAAAGCGAAGUCUCGCUCGUCUCGCGCGGGCCUGCAGUUCCCCGUGGGACGCGUCCACCGCCUACUGCGCAAGGGCAACUACGCGGAGCGCGUGGGCGCCGGCGCCCCGGUGUACCUGGCGGCCGUGCUCGAGUACCUGACGGCCGAGAUCCUGGAGCUGGCGGGCAACGCGGCGCGCGACAACAAGAAGACGCGCAUCAUCCCGCGCCACCUGCAGCUGGCCAUCCGCAACGACGAGGAGCUCAACAAGCUGCUGGGCCGCGUGACGAUCGCGCAGGGCGGCGUGCUGCCCAACAUCCAGGCCGUGCUGCUGCCCAAGAAGACCGAGAGCCACCACAAGGCCAAGGGCAAGUGAUUGGCGAGGCGGCAGCUACCGGAAACCCCAUGGAACCCAAAGGCUCUUUUCAGAGCCCCCACCCUCUCAAAAAAAGAGCUGGCACCGUCGUUGUGGAUAGAGGUGGAACUGAGGUCGGGACACUCCGCUGUUACUUGUAGGGCUGACUGAGCAAGUGGGGCGUCAGCUAAAAACCUAGUGAUUCUUCAAAUUAAGAGGUUGUUUGCUUGACGUAACUUAUGAGGCGCUUGUAGUUUGGGGACCGGCCGUGGGGAGUUGGAUAA